AUGGUACGAUCUCAUCAAAAAUAUUCUUCUGAAAAUCUUCAACAGGCAACUCAUGCCUACUCAUCUGGAUCAAUGUCAUCGGUGGAUGCAGCUAAAUUCUAUGGUGUACCAGAAAGUACUAUCCGUAACCAUAAACGUCGACCAGCAAUGAACAUCGGAUCUGGCCGACCUUAUUUGCUCAAGAGAAAUCAUGAAGACUAUUUAGUUCAACUGUUAUUGGAUUUAGAACGAACAGGCUUUCGUUUAACAAAAAAAAAAGUUAUGAAAAUUAGUCAAGAUUAUGUUGAAACACUUAAACAAAAAUCACAACCAUUAGGACGUCGUUGGUUUCAUGAUUUUCUUCUUCGAAACAAAAACAAAAUAAAAUUUAUCAAAGAACAAAAAUUGGAACGUUGUCGAAAGGAUGGAUUUACAGAAACAGUUCGUAGUGGUUGGUUCGAUACUCUUUUUAAUGUUAUGCAACCACAUAAUUUAUUCGACAAACCAGCUCAAAUAUAUAACGUAGACGAAUGUGGUUUCAAUGAUGAUACUCAACGUGAAUUAGUAUUGGUACCAUCUGAUACAAAAAUUAAAUACGAAGAAAACGGUGGUACAGGGAAAUCAUUUACAACAAUAAUCAUAGCUGUCAAUGCUAAAGGUGAUGUUUUACCACCACUUACAGUGUAUGCAGCAAAACAUGUUAAUAACCAGUGGACAGAAGGUGGGCCUGUUCGUUCAGCAUACUGUUGUACAGAUAAUGGUUGGAUAAAUGAUGAAGUUUUUGCAUUUUGGUUUACCGAUGUUUUCCUGAUGGAAAUACCAUCAGUACUUCGUCCUGUUUUGCUUGUAUUGGACGGCCAUAAUUGUCAUUUUACUGUGAAGGUUAUAGAAGCAGCUAGACAAAAUGAUAUUAUCAUUGUGUGUUUACCACCACAUUGUACUCACGUGAAAACAUCUUGGAAAAAAAUCGUAUCAUCAUAUUUUGAACGAACUCAUCGAAAAACGAUCCGCAAAAUUGAUCAUCCAGUAUUAUUAAAUAAGCUGUACAAUAGGGCAUUUACUCCUCGUCAAGUCGUUGCAGGCUUUACUCGAACUGGAAUUUGGCCCUUUGAUCGUACUGUAAUGAAAGACAAAGUGGUGAACACGUCUCGCAAUCAAUUAUUCAGUAUUCGUUGUCCACCUAUGUCUAUUGAUAAUAUGCCACUCUUAUCGAAUUCCAUGUUGAAUGUUUCUUUAUCAAAUAAUUUUGAUCUUUCAUCUAAUGGUGGUAGUAGUUCAUCAAGGUACAAUAUUCAAUCAACAUCUGCUGUUCCUCUUCCAACAACCACGAAUCAAGCUAUUCAACUUCUAAAUUCAGUAAUUGCGAAUAUUGAAUAUCGUGAUAAUGAAAACAACAGGGGUGCACAGCAACAGCAAAGAUUAAUUCAUGAUGAUGUCGAUUUGGCUGCACAAAACCAUCUUUUACCAACUCCUGUAUUUAGCCAUCCAAAUAUAUAUUCACAUGUUAAUGUGGAUCAAUCACCUUCUGCCUCAAGUAGUGGUUUUUCAAUUCAUCAAUCACCAGUGGAUGUUGUCGAUCAACAUUUCAUCAAUGACGAUGAACAAUUUGAUCUAUUGCGAUCUGAUCGAGGUGUUUUACAAAAACAUACAACAUUUUCUGAUUUAUCUUUGAUGCAAAUGGUAAAACCUGCCAUGCAAAAUGAAAGCGAUGAUGACGAAGAUGAGGAAUUUUUAGUGAAUUCAUCAUCAAGAAUGUAUACUGAAUUGAAUAAUUUGACACUGUCAUCCAUCCCGGCUUCAUCUUCAUUAUCUAUUUCACCUUCUCACAAUUCAUCAACUGCUACUUUAUCUACGGAUUCAAAUUUAUGUUUACCACAAUUGUCAACUCCUGCAACAGCUGCUGCAACAGUUUAUAAUAACUUAUUGAACACAGAACCACGUCUAUCGUCACCUGCACCAAAAGCACCGAGUACACAACAAACAGGCUUUCGUUUAACAAAAAAAAAAGUUAUGAAAAUUAGUCAAGAUUAUAUUGAAACACUUAAACAAAAAUCACAACCAUUAGGACGUCGUUGGUUUCAUGAUUUUCUUCUUCGAAACAAAAACAAAAUAAAGUUUAUCAAAGAACAAAAAUUGGAACGUUGUCGAAAGGAUGGAUUUACAGAAACAGUUCGUAGUGGCUGGUUCGAUACUCUUUUUAAUGUUAUGCAAUCACAAAAUUUAUUCGACAAACCAGCUCAAAUAUAUAACGUAGACGAAUGUGGUUUCAAUGAUGAUACUCAGCGUGAAUUAGUAUUGGUACCAUCUGAUACAAAAAUUAAAUACGAAGAAAACGGUGGUACAGGGAAGUCAUUUACAACAAUAAUCAUAGCUGUCAAUGCUAAAGGUGACGUCUUACCACCACUCACAGUGUAUGCAGCAAAACAUGUUAAUAACCAGUGGAUAGAAGGUGGGCCUGCUCGUUCAGCAUACUGUUGUACAGAUAAUGGUUGGAUAAAUGAUGAAGUUUUUGCAUUUUGGUUUACCAAUGUUUUCCUGAUGGAAAUAAAAUCAGUACCUCGUCCUGUUUUGCUUGUAUUGGACGGCCAUAAUCGUCAUUUUACUGUGCAGCAACGAAAUUUUAUUUACAGACAUGUUAAUGUGGAUCAAUCAUCUUCUGCCUCAAGUAGUGGUUUUUCAAUUCAUCAAUCACCAGUGGAUGUUGUCGAUCAACAUUUCAUCAAUGACAAUGAACAAUUUGAUCUAUUGCGAUCUGAUCAAGGUGCUUUACAAAAACAUACAACAUUUUCUGAUUUAUCUUUGAUGCAAAUGGUAAAACCUGCCAUGCAAAAUGAAACCGAUGAUGACGAAGAUGAGGAAUUUUUAGUGAAUUCAUCAUCAAGAACGUAUACUGAAUUGAAUAAUAUGACAUUGUCAUCAAUCUCGGCUUCACCUUCAUUAUCUAUUUCACCUUCUCACAAUUUAUCAACUUCUACUUUAUCUAUGGAUUCGAAUUUAUGCUUACCACAAUUGUCAACUCCUGCAACAGCUGCUGCAACAGUUUAUAAUAACUUAUUGAACACAGAACCACGUCUAUCGACACCGGCACCAAAAGCACCGAGUACACGUGUUAGACAACAAAGAAAAUUCGGAGAAAUUGUUACUAGCGACUCGUUUUUGGAAGAAAUCAAGCAAAAGGAACAACAGAAGCUUGCCAAAUCCAAAUCUGGAAAGUCAAAUGCGAAUCGAAACACCACAUCACGAAAAACAAAGAAAACAACAAAAAAAAGACUAACUGUUUUAUACUUUUGUUUCUAUACAUAUUAUAUAAAUUGA